CAUGUUCUCUGCUACCCAGUCCACAUUACUCAUGUGUAUCAAGGGCUCGACAUUGUCGUCUUCUCUGUUCUCAAAAAGUGCUGGUCUGAAGAGCGAGACAAGUGGCAUAGAGCAGAAGGCGCUGUUACAAAGAAGAACUUCCUCUCCAUCUAUGGAGCUGCUCAUGUUCAGGUGCUCACCAAAGAGGUUGUAGAGACUGCCUUUCAGAAGAUGAGAGUCUGGCCAUUCAAUCCAGAUGCAAUU